AUGGGCAAUGUGAAGGGGACAGAGCUACGACCGCCUCCGGGGGGGGCCACAUCACCUGGCGACAGGUCCAUGGUGCUGUGCUGGGGCCUGGAGCCGACCUAUUCUGUCCCUAUUCUGUCCCGGUGGCCGUUCCCAGACAUCGUGGAGUUCAGCGAGACUAUGGCCAACGCCGGGAAGACCGUGAUUGUGGCUGCACUGGAUGGGACCUUCCAGAGGAAGGCCUUCGGGACCAUCCUGAACCUGGUGCCCCUGGCGGAGAGUGUUGUGAAGCUGACGGCGGUGUGCAUGGAGUGCUUCCGCGAAGCCGCCUAUACCAAGAGGCUGGGCGCGGAGAAGGAGGUCGAGGUGAUCGGGGGCGCAGACAAAUACCACUCCGUGUGCCGCCUGUGCUACUUCAAGAAGGCCUCGGGUCUGCCCGCCGGGCCGGACGGCAAGGAGAAUAAGGAGAACUGCCCGCUGCUGGGGAAGCCAGGAGAGGCCUCGGGGGCCCGCAAGCUGUUUGCUCCGCAUCAGAUCCUGCAGUGCAGCUCGGCCAACUGA